AUGUUUAAUAACAACCGAGCUAGCGCAACAUAUCUCCGAGUAGAUUUGGCCACGCUUUUUCGAUACCCUAUCUACUCUUCGCUUUCUAUGCAACAGGUUUUGGACUCGAACUAUCCAGAAACGCUUCUUCAACACUGUGACGCAGAAUCUCUGCCAGCGGUCUACGGUGGCAGUUUGAUUGACCCUGAUGGAGACCCAAGCUGUCCUUCCCGAAUCUGUUGGGCCGGCCCCGUUCCAGAUUCCCACAUAAACCAAUCCAAACAGCCUCACGCACCGCCCCCUGUGAUUCGUGUAGCAUUAUCACGGUCAGCAAGUGCUCAAUCGUUGGGUUCGUCUGAACAAUUUUCCGUUGUUGAGGUAGCUCGCGGUGGACAACGUGAUAUUCCAGUUGGAUUUCUGCCGGUCGGUGUCGAGUUGAGCUGGUGUGUUUUGUGCGAGUCACAUGAUAUUGGUGUUGGUUGGUUCGUCCGACCAUGCGAUGUGUGUCCGGUUUCAUCGAAUCCCCUUACUUUGGAUGUGAAUAAAGGAGGGGGAAAAAUGUCAAGCUCUACUCCCUCUACACACGAACCUUUAUCCAGGAAGGCAUCCAAGCCUGAAGUGGACAAUGGAAGCGUUACGGACACCGUGGAUGCAACUCUGUGGGAGGUACUUCCGAUCCAAAGGAUUACCACUCGCCUCACACCACAUAAGGGGAAGUUUAAAGUGCAUUUGGCUGGAUCGUACUACUUGAGGCUAGAUAACUCCUACAGCUGGAUGCGCGUCAAGCGCGUUCAAUACACCUUAAAGGUUAUUGUGCCAAAGGAUUCCACCAGGGACAACGCCCCACUGAACCUUUCCCCACGUCACUCGACGGAUGUACCAUGUCAUUCAAAUUUGAACAGCCGAUUCGCCGACUCCUGGGAUACGAUAAGCACAACAUCUGGAGAUGAUACUGCAGUUCGCCCCCUCCCAUUAGAGAAUGCUUCCCAAUGUCGCCUGGUGACCGGUGGUAGUAUGGAUGUGAACAUUAGUCUCCUAUUUCGUCUGCUGGCUCAGGUGCUGCUCGUGCCAAAGAUGUCUUCAUACAGACAGUCAACAGUAUGCGCGCUUCUGUGCAUUCUUUUUAACGCUUGUGUUGCCUUUUGGAAUACGGCGCUGAACCAGAGGACAGUGCAACUUAGACAAUGUUCCUCAGGUAUCAUCAAAUUGGUUGUCCGAUUGUUUUAA